AUGGCAACCGCAUUGCUAUCCUCGCCAAACUCCCCCCCGGACCUCACCGGGUCCAAGUCCUCCAAGUCAUCCUCCUUUCACUCGUCGUCACACACCUCCGGCCCCGAUAUUGGCUUCGCAGAUGCCUCCAACUUUGAGGAGAUCGGGCUCGCCGAUGAGCCAGAGCUGCCCUAUGCGGACAACAUGAACAACAGCAAAUACCCGCACUCUCGUUCCAGAGCCGGCUCGCGAGCGACCAGCAGACCUCGCAGUGUGUCGCGUGUCGGCAGCAUGGCCAGCUUGAAUAGUGCUCCCCCGGUACCAGCAGUCCCGACACCGAAACCGGCCAGGGAUCUCACCCAGAAGAAACAGUUCAACCCGCCCAUGUUGAAGACCCAGGGCAUGAUGGGGAUGAACCAGCGAGGCCUCGACCCGAGGAUGCUGAAGAAUGGUCGGCGGUCGAAGAAGAGCCCUUCGCCCAAUGGCCACAUGCACUCGAGUCGCCCUCCGCGGUCACGCUCUGUCUCUCCUGCUGGUGGUGUUGUGCCGCAGCCUGCCGCUCGCUCGCCGUCUCCGUCCGCCGCCAGCGUGAAUCUGUCCCCCUUGGCAGCCCAUACGCCUCGCCAGUCCUCCAUGCAACCGUCUCGCAAGACGGUGAAGGAGCUCGAGAAUGAAUUUAAUGAUUCAGACGACGAAUUGCCAGACGAUGCCAGCCUGUGGAACGUGCCCUUGUCUCCACGACCUCCGACGGAAAGACCCCAGUCUCGCAGUAACAGCCCGGAGAACGACAGCCCGAAGCCGCUUCCCCUCUCUCACGCCGUGUCGCAAGACAACCUAGACCCAGCUCGAUCCAAGUCGCGGUCUUCAUCCUCUCGACAUUCGCCCGGAGCCAAGUCGAGGCUGCAGCUCUCUCGAUCAGCCUCGGCUGGUCCAGAAAGAGGCCAAAUUUCGCCGCGCAAUCCGCGCACGUACUCGUAUAACCUCGCAAUGGCCGAGUUGUCCGAAGAGGCCAAGGUGCUUACUCAAACACUCGAGUACCAUGCCGACGACUCGGGCCGCAAACGGGAGGAAAGGGUCCAGAACGGCACUGCUUCCGAGCGCUCGAGCAUCGACUCGAGACGCAAGUCCAGUGGUGCUGCAGUCGAGCUGCCGCCGCUGCAAAAAUCAAACAUCAUGAUCGACCCUCUGCCCGUGAGCAAGGAAAAGGAGAGAGUCCUGAGUCGUACCCGACCGAGUUGGUUGCCUCCAAAGGAUCCGUUGGAAGAAAAGAAGCAUCUGAAAGAGUAUAAACGGAUGAUGGCCCAGUCCAAGGAAACAGAAAAGAAAAAAGCCGCCAAAGCUGCCGCUGAAAAGUGUGAAAAGGACAGUACUCGAGAGGCGCUACAGCGAAUUUGGGAAGACAAUGUUUUGCCGAACUGGGAUGCAGUUAUUUCGGAGCCUCGUACGCGAGAGCUAUGGUGGCGCGGUGUGACGCCCCGGUGUCGAGGAGCUGUAUGGCAACGUGCUAUCGCCAAUGAGCUUUCUCUGACUGAAGAAUCGUAUCAAAAGGCGCUCCAACGCGCCAAGGAUCUUCGUUCCAAGGACCAGGACGCCAAUGAGACUGCUCGUCGGAUGCGAGAAAACCUAGCUGCCAUCUCCCGCGAUGUGUCGUCUGCGUUUCCUGAUCUCCAUCUAUUCCAAGAAGGCGGGCCGUUGCGUGAUACUCUUAUUGAUGUUUUGGAAGCGUAUGCCAUGUAUCGCAGUGAUGUUGGAUACGCAUAUGGUCUUCAUACUAUCGCCGCCCUGCUCGUUCUGCAACUACCAACUCCUUCCUCUGCUUUCAUCGUCAUGGCAAACGCACUCAACCGCCCGCUUCCCCUAGCCUUUUUGACACACGACCGCGGAGCCAUGACCCGCACUUAUAGUCUUGCCUCUGCGACUCUCCGAUACAAAUUCCCCAAACUAUACACCCAUCUCCACGACACGGUACAGCUGUCAGACGACGAAAUCUGGGAGCCCAUGUUCCGAUCCCUCUUCACCAAUGGCCUUGACCUAGAAUGCGUGAGCCGAGUCUGGGACUGCUGGGCCUUUGAAGGCGACCGCAUCAUCAUCCGAGCCGGCGUCGCCAUUCUCGGAUGUCUCCAAACCCAGCUUUUGGGACUUGGCAGCUCCGACGCAAAAUCGCGCGAAGAGCUUAAGCAUGUCGUUGGCUGGGGGCCUCACGAUAUUGGCGCUAUUAUUGGUAGCGGUAGCAGCAGCAGCAGCAGCAAAAACACCAAAACCCGUCACAGCUCUCCGACCCCGAUUAUGGGGUAUGGCGGUGGACAGUUUUCCAACGCUGGCGUUGGGCAGCAACAACAUUAUUACUGGAUUUUGAACUUGUCGAGCGAUGAAGAUAGUUUUAUGAAUGAGUAUAUUAUCAAAAACUUGUUGUUAUUAUUAUUAUUGUACAGCAACAGAAGAAGAUAUAGCAUGCCCAGUCGCAGCACGGCGACACUGGGAACGACAACGACAACAACAACAACAAAUGCUGUGAGAAAGACACCAAGAACUUCGGCCUAUUUCACGCGUUCGACAACGAGGAAGAAGAAAGAAAAGAAGAAGCAGGGCCUGCACACGGAUGACUCUCCGAAGAAAGAUGGAGAUGGGAAGAGUUGCAGUGAUGAGCAGGCUCACAUCCUGACGGUCUCGGGUCUCCCGUUAGACGAUGCUGUUGUACAGUCAACGGGUGACGAUUAUGAUGGUGUAGAAAGGGCUGAGAGUUCUGCAUCAGCAAAACUGGGAAACAAGACUCUGACUGAUCGUUUCACUCGUGCCGAUGAGUGUUUUCAGCAAAUAGCUGUUGACGUUGAGGACCCGGUUGCUCCUCAAAACACUCUAGACGACACACACCACACACACGAAUCGGCUGCUGCCAAUGAGCCAAAACAAGAUAUCACUCUAUCCAAAGAAAUCACAGACACCAAACCAAACCGCUUCAAAUCCGCCUCACCCCGGAAAAACCCACUACCACCACCACCAAAACUAUCCCCCUACUUCCCAAAACCCCUCCCUCUCAUCGACGCAUCAUGUCUCCCCUUCCCACCCAUUUCCGCCUCUUCAUUCGGCCUCAUCCAAGAACAACUCUCGCACUCCCCCUUUCGUCUUCUAAUCGCCACAAUAUUCCUCAACCGCACGCGAGGACCCGUGGCCAUUCCCGUUCUUUUCCAACUUUUCCAAAAAUACCCCACAAUCCAAACCAUGGCAGACGCAAACCACGCAGAUAUUGUGACAGUAAUCCGCAGCCUCGGAUUCCAGAACCAACGCGCCAGCAAAUUCAUCGCUUUGGCUCAGACUUGGCUAAGCAAUCCGCCACAAAGGGGGAAAAGGUAUCGGAAACUGCAUUAUCCGUGUAAACGCGAUGGGCUGGAUAUUGGCGCUGAUGAGGUGGUUGUUGGCGAAGGUGAUGGGGAUGCGCGAGUCGCGUGGGAGAUUGCGCAUUUACCGGGUGUGGGUGCGUAUGCGAUUGAUUCAUGGCGCAUUUUUUGUCGUGAUAUUUUGGUUUUGGAUGAUGAAACUGCUACUACUACGCAUUAUUACGAACCAGAAUGGAAAAGAGUUCUACCGCAAGACAAAGAGCUUAGGGCGUACUUGACGUGGAUGUGGCUGAAAGAAGGCUGGCUGUGGGAUCCGGAGACGGGCAACAAGACUCCCGCAGAUGCGGGCAUGAUGGAGAGAGCUGAAAGGGGUGGUGUUGCGUAUGAAGCGCCGAAUGGGAAUUGGGUUUUGGAGAGUGUUGCUGCAUCGUCGGGUGAAUGUGAGAGGGAAAAGCAUGUUGUGCCUGUGAGGAGGGCAGGGUUUAGUCUGGCUUAUUCUUGA